AGAAGAACAAGAAGAAUGUGCGCCUGAUUACGGAGAAGAACCUCACUUGGCUCAUUCCGGAAGAUUCUGACACCACUGUGCGAUGAUUGUCCACCUCCUGCACCUAUGACAGAUGGUGUUCCUGUUUGGAUUUGACGUCUCUCUUCCUCCCAAAUCUGAGGGAGAUGUCUUCAGUCCAUAGAAACUGUGAUCCUGCCGUAUACAAUGAUGUUAAGAAAACAUUUGACAGUUGCACCAUUGCUGAUACUUGUGCUGAGUGUCUUCAGAGGACAUACCCUCACAUGUAAUCCAACAGAGUAUGAGAACGGGGAUCAAUGCUGUCCUACGUGUUCUGUAGGAAGUCGAGUUAGAAAACAUUGCACAGAGUUCAGAACAACUUCCUGUCUGGAUUGCGAUGAGGGAACAUUCAUGGAGCGUCCUAGAGGGUUUACAGAAUGUUUUCCCUGUGCACGCUGUGAUUCAGGUUCUGGUUUAAAGAUAAAGACGCCAUGUACGACUACCUCAGAUACAGUUUGUGAACCACUGGAGGGAUUCUACUGUAUGUUAUCUUCAGAAAACAGCUGUAUGAAAGCACAGAAACACAGCAGCUGUCAACCAGGACAAUAUAUCAGCCAAAAAGGAACAGCAUUAAGGGACACUGAGUGCUCUGACUGCAGAGAUGGAACAUUUUCCAAUGGGACAUUAUUGACAUCGUGUCAGCCACACACACAAUGUCAAUCAUUGGAUCUUCAGCUGAUAAAACCAGGAACUGCUUCAACAGAUGCUGAAUGUGGAGAACAAGGUUCAGGAGCUGUAAUUGGCGUGGUU